UAAGGAAGAAUGAUUGUUGUUCAUUUUGCAAGGUUGAGGUGUGGUUUAAUUUUUAAAGCAAAUUUGAAGGGCAUAAGCGAAAGCAUUUGAUGAAUCGGGAUCAAGGCAUUGAGUUUUGUGGUUAGAGUGGGGAUGGGGGAGGAGGCAUUGGCAGUUGCAGCAGGGAAAUACACAUACUUACACGAAGUGGGUAAGGGUCCACCUGAAGCCAUUGACGCCCACCAUAUUCUUGUUCGUAGGAGUAGAGAAAAGGGUUUCAAUUUAUGCCUCUUCACACUUCUCCUUUUUGCCUAUCCCACCCUUCUUUUAUUCCGGCAGGGAAAGCUAGAUACUCUUCAUAUUUGCAGCUUAGUUAUCAUGGCAUUGCUCAUUAGGUUAUUUCUAAAGAAACCAGUGAAGAAAGAGUCUGUUCUAAUUCUGCCAGCUUUUGGAGUUCAACUCGAGACUCAGUAUGGAAGUGGGAAAACAAUUCGCCAGUUUGUUCCCAUUAGCAGGAUUUUAAAACCAGUGCUGACGGAAUGUGUCACACCAGUUACCUGUUAUUGGACUCUAUCUUUGAUUAUUCGAGGGGAGGAAGAACUUAUGCUAGUUUUCAAGGAAUUGCGUCCACCAGUGAAAAUGUUAGCGCCUGUCUGGAAGGCUUUAUGUGCUGCCAUAGAAUGUGGAGAAUGCACGGAGGCAAUUACAUAGCUUGUAUAAUCUCAACCGAUUCAACUUUUUAGUAUAAAUGUUUCAGCACUUGUAUUCUUUACAUUUGAAGUUGUAAAUGGCAUGAUAUAGUUCUCCAUAUAAAUGUUUCAGCACUUGUAUUCUUUACAUUUGAAGUUGUAAAUGGCAUUAUAUAGUUCUCCA